AGUGCCAUCAUUAAUCCGGCCGCCGAACAUCGCCGGGGGGGGGAAUUCGAGUAUUUAUUGGUCAGACGACGGCCAACAGACAAUUGUGUGUGCCAUCGAGUCCAUCAGACAACAACCAAGCAGCCAAGCAGCUUCAGUUCAAGACUAACCGACGAAAAACCCAAACAACAAAACUUCACAAUGUAUCACUCUGUAAGUUUUACACUUAGUUAUUAUUAUUAUUUUUUUUUUAUUUUUUUCAACGCACACUCUGAACACAUUAAUAUUAUAAAUACGCGAUUUUAAAAUAACAUUUUUUUUCUAUCUAUUCGACCGACUCGGGAAAAUAAAUCCACAACAAGUUUAACGGUCUUUUUUUUUUCCGGACCACCCCGUUUCUGUAUAUUUGUUCAUUUCGGUACACGCCGGGUGUUUAUUCAAUACGACAACACGCACCGAACACGUGACCGACUGCGCGGGUUUUUGUCCGAAAAUGUUUUUCCGCUCGUAUUUUCGUUGUAUACACGCGGCGGGAAUCGAAAUUCACGUAUUGUGCGAGCGAUCUGUGUAGACGGGUAAUGUACCGGGUAUUCUCUAUCUGCUCGUACUUGUGAAAUAAUAUACAAACACUCGAAACCACGAGACGAGAAACAAAAGAAAAUCCGUGACACGGCGUUUUUUUACGGCCCUCGACGACAACACGAUAAUUGUUAUAGCGUCGUACGCGCCGAUCCGCGAACGCAACACGGAAAAGCUUCUUCUAUUCUUUUUUUUCCCCGUCAUUCAAACCGCGUAACACACUCGAGAGCGCAAACAAUAAUGUCGCAGGGUACCGGCCGAGUCUAUACCGGCCUAGCCCCGAAAUACGUAUAUCGUUAUGAUUUCCGUGUUCGGAUGGAUGCGCUUUGAUAACCUAAAAUUGCAAUACUACCGCGAACAAUCAUUCGCACGUACACGUGUUUACCGGUGUUUACAGACAGCUUUACUCGUUUUGGCUUCGGCCUGCGCCGUCUUCAGCGCCCCACAAGCCGCCUACUACGCCCCGGCCUCGGUCGCCAGCACUACGCCCAUCCCGAUCGUCGCCCAGACCCAAGAAUUGAACCUCGACGGAUCCUACCAGUACAGGUAAGCGGUCGCGAGACGAACGCCAACCGUAAUCGUAAACCGUACCGUAAAGGCGCGCUGUAUACUAAUCGUUUUUUUCGUUCCGUUGCGCGCGCGCAGCUACCAGACCGGCAACGGAAUCUCGUCCGGCGAAUCCGGAUACGUCAAGAACCCGGGAACCGAAGCCGAGGGACAGGUCGCCCAGGGAUACUACUUGUACACCGGCCCGGACGGUGUCGUGUACCAGGUGGAAUACUUCGCCGACGCCGAGAACGGUUUCGUCGCCAAGGGAGCUCAUUUCCCCACACCGCCACCACUCCCAGAAGCGUUGGUCCGCGCCAACGAACUGGCCUACAAGAACGCCGCCGCCGACGCCGGACAAUACGACGAGAGGGGUUUCCCGAUCGCCGCCGCCGCCAAACGGUAUUAGACCGCCAGUGCUCCCCUCCCCCUGACCAACAUCGAAAAACCAACAACUGCCUGACGUUUUUCAAUAUUUUUGUAAAUCCAAUCUACUUCCUUUACCAUUGAUUCUUUUUUCGCUGUUCUUGAUAUAUAUAUAUAUAUAAAUAUAUAUAAAAUUUAAAAAAAAAUUCAACAAUCCGGUUCGAUGGCUCAACGAAAACGCGAACCGAAUUGUUUUCUUUUUUUUUUUUUAGCUCUUUCGACAAACGCCACAAAGAAACGUCUCUCAUAGUUGACGUUUCUGUUGUCGCUACUUUAUAAUAACGUAUAUGUAUAUCUCGGUCUGGUCUAUAAUCCAUUCGAGAUAGUAUUUUGUUUACCAUAAUAUAAUAAUCAUAUUAUAUCAUGUGUAAUAAUAUGUAUGUGUCAUUUUGUAGAGUUUAAGUUUUGAAAUUAAAAACGAAUUUUUAAAACAAAUCAAAU